ACCAUUCAUUUGUUGACAGUCUUUUGUAUUCUUCCUUAAGCCAGAAGCUUUUUCAUGCAAUUUAAGAUAGAAUGAAUAUGCUCCUGUCGGACAUAUGGAUUACUUUUCUAACGAAUCAUGAAGUUUGUUUCUAAAAUGGCAGGUCGGAGAAAUGGUAAUGUUUAUUUGAAAUUCAAUCACUUAAAUUGGUUCGAUAUUAUUCUAAGCUAUUUUGACUUUGAGUGUGUUUGUGUUUUUAAACGAUGAAAGACGGCAUUUAACAGCAGGCACGCAUUUCUAUACGUAUGACAGGUGAGGAAGUAGGGGGAGCAUUCAGAAUCAUUCAUUUGCAAUUGAGAUCAGUAUUAACAGUCCUAACACAUAUCCGCGCAACUGCGGACCUACACCGAAGAAGUGCUUUGGCAAUUCACGCCUUCCAAUAAAAUCCUGAAUGCCCUUUGGCUGUAAACUCGAGAUACAGCUGGGCCGUUUCCUUCUUGAUUCUGAUGCUGAUAACCACAUUUACCGUCCUCUAAGCACUUUCAGAGCGCCUGGCGGGGUGUCCUGCCACGGCCAUUUUCAUGGUCACACCACCUGCGGGUAUCUUGUUGUGGGAAACCAAACUGAAACCCCAGGGGUCUGGUUAAAGCAACAAAUCUUAAUCUGGAGUAAGGCGUGGUGGUAGAAGUUCCAGCCACAUCCGUACCUCCAGCUGUUUCGAUCAGCUUCCGAAUUUCAACCCAUUACCACCGUCUUAUUCAUUCAAGAGCACGUAGCAAAUAAGCCCAAAUCCGUCUCUGUAUACUUCUUAUCUAUGGGCACUUGACUUUUGUUAUAGCAGUAUGCAUGUCUAAUGAACUAUUGCCAAUUUACAAUAAUGAGUCCAAAUGUUGUCACACCCGUGUAUUCAUCCGAGUAUCUGUUCAACGUCAAUCUGUUUGUCGGCCACCACAAGUCUACCACCACAACUCUAAGCACAUUCUUAACCUGCUUUGCAGUUUUAUUUUAAUUAUAUUUUCAUUCUGAGGAAGGCAGAUGUAGGCAUCACAAGUUUUGCUUUAACUCAGAAUAAUUCAGUAUAUGGAAUCCUUCCAUACGAUCAUUUUAUUGAGCAGUGCAUAUAACUUUGGUUGGUAUUUAUUAAUGUCUCUUUUAUCCACUGGAUGAAAUGUAUCUCACUUUAAACACUUAAACAUCCACAUAGGUAAUACAGUACGUAACGUGAAACCACAUUUGGGCAAGUCCUCCCCUCUCGACCCCGCCCAUUUGACCACCUAGGUUACCUCUGAUAGGUUGAAUUAUAAAAAAGUCGUGUUGUGAUGCGCACAGGCCAACUCCUCAAAUAACUCUGGAAAGCGACUAUUUGGCAAACCUCCAACUGCUCUAGCAUCCACAGAUGUCCUCAUUAAGUUCAGCUUCAUUCACAAGUGUACUAGCUAAACCUUACAGUGCACGGCCAUGACUUUCUUCAAGGAGUGUAAAGGAAUUCAAGAGGACUGCGAAGUAGACGUCGUUGGAGAGGAGGACGCAGACCGGCAUUUGGAUAAUGGAUCGGACCAAGACACGUUCGGUGCAGACCAAGACUCCUGUGUACUGGACACAUCUGGCGAGAGUGAGAGCGACCAAAGCACGGAGGCUCCCUCGCCUGGCAGACAGACAGGCGGUGCAAUCAAACCUCCCUAUUCCUACAUCGCUCUCAUCACCAUGGCAAUACUCCAGAGCCCGACGAAAAAGCUGACCCUGAGUGCAAUAUGCGAUUUCAUCAGCAACAAGUUUCCGUAUUACAAGGAAAAGUUUCCUGCCUGGCAAAACUCAAUCCGACAUAAUUUGUCCCUCAACGACUGUUUCAUUAAGAUACCCAGAGAACCUGGAAAUCCGGGUAAGGGCAGUUAUUGGUCAUUGGAUCCGGCAUCUCAGGACAUGUUUGACAACGGCAGCUUUCUUCGUCGGAGGAAAAGAUAUAAGAGGAACAUCCCGGAAUUAAUUAAGGGUAGUAUUUUGCUCUAUCCAGAUCAUGGUGCUUAUCAUCAUGGGAGACCUUAUUUUGUGCCUAACCAUUUUCCGAGACAGACAGGUCCCCUUGGAUAUUUACCUGCUCAUGAAAACGUCCUAUUACCUCCUACGUACUUCCAUCAUCAGAACAUCAGCAAUUGCAAAUGGUCGGAAAUAAACCAAUUUCAAGGGAAACAUUGUGCCAUGUCAGCAGCGAAACAGCGGCCUCAGUGCGAAAAACAAAAGGGUGCUUUCAGCAUUGAACGCAUCAUGAGCAGCACACCUGCGCCCCUGACAAACUGGGGUUAUCAGAACUCAGCCAUUUCCGUCUCUGCAAUUCCAUCUGUUGCAUCUGCACUAAGGACAUUUCACCCAGCUUCCUUGAUAAGAACCUUGCCGUUGUAAAUUUUCCCCGCAUAAUAUGUUGAACUUUUAAAGGCUGGCCUGCUGUAAUGUUCAUAAUAUAAACGUCUGCCUCAGGUGAAUCAAAUGGGCAAAGCCUAUUGUCGAGUUUUGAACAUUACGACUGAACACUGGCCUUCGUUUCAUCAAAAUUGUAUUCAUGUAAUGUAUGUAUAAAGUUAUAAUAAUAUAUUUGCCGAACAUGUAAUUGCUGAUACUUUGUGGUACUUGAAAAUAAAUAUAGCCUUCAUUGA